AUGAUUUUGUCACGCGCACUCGCUGUUCUAUACCUUUCAGUACUCGCAACUGCGCAGGAGCGUCCCAACACUACAACUCCUUGCGAUCACUAUGCUGAGAAGACGGUUGGGUCUAAUACGGCUGAGAAUGAGCGGAUCCUGGUGGCGUUGGUCCUUCACUCGGCACUCUUAGGCCCGAUUUUCAAGUACAACACGGUCCCUGUUCCCGGUUUCACCGGCGCGCUGACAGAUACCACUUUCCAUGGCGAGGCUGUCAGUCUGAAUGGUUACUUUAAUGGCGGCUUCGCGUCGGCGAACACGGGCAAGGACAGCGGUGAGGCAGUCAACUUCUUUGGCGCCGGAGGACUGGAUGCUGCACGCAACCUGAAACCCAGCAACGGGGAUGUGGCUUCCCCUCAACAAUACGAAGAGUUAUCGAUAUAG